AUGAGCAAAACUUUUAUACGUCUGUUCUCGCAUUCAAGCCUACGUUGCAAGCCAGGGUACUCUACAGUCCAACCAGUGCAUCACUUGGUCAAUAUUGAAAAAGCAAAAUUGAAACCAAAUUUACAAAACAUACUAUUACCACAAGAUGAUAUAAGGUCGAUCAAGUAUAAGCCAACUGAAAUAUCACAAGAUAGAGUAUCAGAUUACUAUAACAAUUCACUAGAGUCAGAUUUGUUAUUACAUUUCUAUGAUCAUGAUGCCAAAAUAAUUGAGGGUAACAAAAGAAGAUCAUGGGGUAAUGAUUCACCAUAUAAAGUAUUCAGAUCAUCAAGAAAUCCUCGAGGUGGAACUAGAUCAACCAAAAACCAGUAUCCUAUAACCAACAGAAAUAUACCAAAACUAGAAAGCAUAGUAAUACAUUCUUAUAACAAGAAUUCAUUGGAACAUCAAUGGUUGAAUAUAUCAACUAGACUACAAUUAUCAGUAAUAUCAAAUGUUAAAGCCAAACAAAUUUUUAAUAAAUCAAAUAUUUUACCAUGGAAAGUUAGAGUAGGUAAGUCAUGUGGUGGUAAAGUUGAAUUAUACGACAGAGAUAUGAAUCAAUUUAUAUCAACGUUGACUGAACUAGUGUUACCAAGAAUUAGAGCAUUUAAAGGUAUAAAAUUUAGUUCUGGUGAUCGAAAUGGUAAUAUAAGUUUUGGAUUAACUCCUGAAGAUGUUCAAUUAUUUCCUGAAUUGGAGAAUUUUCAAGAAUUAUUCCCAAAUUUGAAUGGUAUAGAUAUAACUUUUAAAACUACUGCUCAAAAUGAUUCUCAAGCUAAAACAUUAUUAAGUGCUUAUGGUUUUCCAUUUUCGAAAGAGUAA